AUGACAGCAAGUGGAGUGACUUCAGACGCCAUUCCAGUUGUCAAAGAUCUCAUGAAACAAAUUUGUGAGAAGUACAAGAAGGAUGGCAAGCCAAGAGUGUACACUGUAGAAUUCAGAUUUGGUAAGAUCAAGAUUUUCUUCAAAGUUGGUGUUCUUGCUGAAAUUGAAGAAAUUAGAGAGAACAGAGUCACUGAACUUGUCGGUGGUCUUCAUAUGUGUGCAAAAGCCUUUGCUCAAAGAAAGCUUAUUGAACAGAAACGCAAUGAACAUAUUGCUAUUACUGCCAUGAAGACACCAUUCACACUUGGUACCAAUUCAGAAAUUGGGAGAAGAUUUGAUGAGGAACUCGCAGCUAAAGACAAAGAAAUUGAAACUGUGAAGAAGAAGCUUGCUGAAGAAAUCGCAAAGAGAGAAGCCGCCGAGAAGGCACUUUCUGAGAUGAAAAUCAAGAACGUCGACUUGGAAGCUUUAGUCCAAGAGUUUAAAAAAGAUAUUGAGUCAAAGAAGAUAGCACUUGACAAAGCUGAUAUGAAGUCACGAAAAGACCAAAAACACAUUGAGGAACUCCAAGGUAAUAUUAAGAGAGGAAUGGAAGACUUAAGCAAGUUAACCAAUGAGUACAAGAAACUUGAAGCCGAUAAUCAAAGACUUCAAGAUGAAAUUACUGAACACAAAGCGACUAUUGCUAAGAAGGAUUGUGUCAUCACCGAGUUGAACAAAGACAUUGAAGAUGAGGAAGGCGAAAUUUCCGACUUAAAGAAGAAGUUAGUAGCCGAAGGAGACAAUUCAAAGGAUCUCGAGACACAAUUACGCAUGAAGAGAGACAACAAAAUAGUUGAUUUGGAGAAGGCAGUUGCUGCUUUGAAAGACCAGAACACUCAACUUGAUGCUGCUAAAAAGGAUAUAAAGAAAUGGUCUGUUGAAGACGCUUCGAAGAUUGAGAAUAAUAAAUCACAUAUUAAGGCACUUGAAGUACAAAAGAAGAUGGCUUUGGACGACAAAGCGGAGGCUGAGAAGACUACUGCUGACUAA